AUGUUUGGCACGUAUCCCGCUUUGGCAAACCUGCCAACCGCUGUCAAGGUUGAUCCGAAAGACAUCCCGCCUCCAACCCCAUUGAAUUUGCCCACCAGCCGGCCUCAGCUGCACGCUCCUUCGGCACCCUCGGGAGAGACGAAGCCAUUGACCUCCGUCUUGCAAAACGUCUAUCGCCCGGGAGACGUCACUUCCGCCAUCUUUGAUGCCCUUGGCAUCAAUCUCAUCCCGGACGCCACUCCCGCAGAUCUCAUCCCAGACCCCGCGUAUCUUGCUGAUUUUGAGGCUUGGGAUAAGCUAACCCCGGAUGAGGCACGUGAGAAGAAUGCAGAGACGCGUAAAGUCUUGAACAACGGCGUUCAGUCUCCCGGCUGUCAGACUUAUCUUGACCGCAAGCGCGAGUUGUCCCAUGACAACGAGGUUGCUUUUCGAACCGUGAGGCGUAUUCCUGCACCCAAGGGCCAGCAGCAAGCUCGCCUGGGCAACUCGUACGAGUUCUUUAGGUGCCUCGAAGCAUUUACGACGUACUGGGAUGACACGUCUAAGCCUUUAAAGACCCCCGAGGAGACGGGCGCAAACAAUGCUGUCGACGCAGACAAGACGGAGCGGGACAAUCCACAAACCCCCGAAUUGCCCCGCGUUAUCCGCACUUCAGCUGGCUCGUCGAUGCCAGGAGAGUAUCGCCAAAGUCUAAUCACAGCCUUUCUCAAGCUCGUUGCCUAUGAUUUCGGUUGCAACGUCUCGGCUCCCCGGACCGAACCCCGUCUGCAUAUCACGGCCGCUUUGCCGGCGUCCGACAAACGCCCCGAGUCCCUACCGGCGCCUAGAGUGUCCUACUUUGCGUCCGGCUGCACUUUCAUCUUCCGCACUCCGCGGACGCGUGAUGCCGCCCGUCAAGGCAUCAUUGAGGGGCCACUCGCAGCCGUCUCUGCCCGCGCGACCACGUCUUUUGAGAACGACAACGACCAGACCAUCGACUUGGCCCGCGAGCUUGUUGCCGCGCUGGUCACCGCUCAGCACCGUGCCCGUGAAGGCAAGACGGAGAAGCGUUUUGGCGAAGGCCAAUGGUGGACGUCAAAAUCUCGUUGGGGCGGUGGUGAAGGCGGCCCCAUCGGUCGUGAGGUCGAGCGGGACGCCAUCCAGGGAGACAAGGACAAUGUCAACUCGGAAUCCGGCCAGCCACCCGCCUCCAAGCGUCCGCGCAAGAACAUGUCAAUUUACGACAACUACCGCAUGAUCAGGCCACCGUCGGCUAGCUGGGAUAAGAAAACGCGCUACGAAGCCAUUGGCAAGGUCAAGGGCACUGGCUACGACGAUAUUUUCGUCAUCAGCUCUCUGUUCCACCACGUCAGCUUCUUGCGAGUUCGCGUCCCCGAGCGGCUGCUCGAGGUCCUCGAGGGCGCUGCCGAGGACGAUGUGCACCGCAGCUGGGGCCAGGUUGAAGUGCGCCGCACCCCUUGGUUCGACUUCUUCGUGCUCGAGGAACGUCUCAAUGCUAUGCGGCUGGUCUGGUCUCUGAUGAACUGGCUAAUGAGAAAGCCAGAGGAUAACGCCGAGGAAGAUGUCAAGAUGGUCGAUGCAUAA